AUGCUGAAAAUCCGCCAGAGAUUUCUACCUCCAGAUCAUGCAGAUAUAGCUCGCUCGUUUCAUGAAAAACUGAUCGACAUUUUCGAAAAAUAUCUUCUUCUGAAUCGUCCAACUUUAGCGUGUUGUCAAAAUAAUCUUGGUAUGCCGUAUGAAGCCGCAGGCGAAUGUACCAAAGCGCACUCAAGCUUAAAAGAACUUGUAGUUUUCAAACAAAUCCAUGGCAUGAGUGGCGAGUAUUACAGUUCUCGUUACGAAGGACUUGGAAGUUUGUAUACAGCGAUGAAACAAUAUUCCGAAGAAUUUCUAUUUUACGAAAAAGCAACUGUUAUUUUACAAUCGCUGUACCUGUCUAAUAACUCCAUAUUAGUUGACGGCUACAGUGUUAUCAGUUCAAUGUACGACAAGCUCGAAUCAGAUGGGAAGACAAUUGAGUUUUAUAAGAAAACUUUGGAUAUUCUAGAAAAUCACCCUUCCCGCAUUGCGGCAAAUUCGUAA